AUGGCGACAACUUUGACCGGGGGUAACCCACAUAUUGUCCAACUCCCUACGACGCCUCCAAGUCUUGGUGGAUGUGACCCCCAAGCUAUCAUUCAGCAAUGGUUCAACGCCUUUCAAGCACAAUUAUCGCAGCCCGACUCAAUUGAUCUGAAAUAUUUGUUUCACCCCGAGUCAUGGUGGCGUGACAUGCUAGCCUUGGACUGGGACAUGCGUACUCUCCAUACAGCCGCUGAGAUCCAAGGCUUCCUGCGCAAGUGUCAGGCCCAUGCCAAAUUGUCUGGCUUUAAGCUUCAAACCCAAGGCAAAUGGCAGCCGAAGGUGGAACAGGUUAUUGAUGGAUUAAGUUGGAUAUCUAGUAUGUUCUUCUUUGAAACGGCCGUUGGGAAAGGCUCCGGCAUGAUUCGGUUGACCCAGGGUGCCGACGAAUGCUGGAGAGCGUAUGCGGUGUAUACAUCGUUGCAGGAGAUGACGGGGGCCGAGGAGCCUAUGGGGAAGCGAAGAGCAGAGGGUACUACAGAGUCUAUGCCCGGGGGAAUGGCUGGUGGGACGUGGAUUGAACGGAGAGAGAGACAGAAGGAAUUCCUAGACUCAGAGCCAACUGUUUUGGUUGUUGGAGCUGGUCAAGCGGGAUUGAAUAUGGGUGCUCGCCUGCAAAACCUUGGGCUUUCCUGUCUAAUUGUUGAUAAGCAUCAACACGUGGGUGAUAACUGGCGUAAGCGGUACCGGACUCUGGUCACCCACGACCCGGCCGAAUUCACGCACAUGGCAUAUCUCCCUUUCCCACAGAACUGGCCCCAGUUCACACCUAAAGACAAACUCGGCGACUGGUUCGAGGCCUAUGCAAGCAUAAUGGAACUGAAUGUCUGGGUCAAAACAUCCGUGGCAUCUGCCGAAUAUAAUGAUGCCACUGCUGAAUGGAAGGUAAAUGUUACUCGCGGUGACGGAACCUCACGCACUCUACGGCCACGCCAUAUAGUGUGGUGUACGGGACAUUCGGGUGAAGCCCGGAUUCCAAGUUUCCCAAACCAGGAAUCCUUCCAGGGAACUCUGUACCACGGCAGCCAACACACCGAUGCCUCGGACUCAGAUGUGCGUGGGAAGAAGGUCGUUGUUGUCGGCACAGGAAACAGUGGGCACGACAUUGCACAGAACUACUAUGAAAACGGUGCCGAUGUGACUAUGCUACAGCGCAGCGGAACAUAUGUUAUCACUGCCGACAAGGGCGUGUUUAUGAUGCAUGAAGGCCUGCACGAAGAUGGCGGGCCCCCAACCGAAGAAUGCGAUAUCGUCUCCGAAAGUCUGCCCUUCCCCGUCCAAUUCGCCCUAAGCGUACACGGAACAAAGCGCUUCGCAGCCGCCGAAAAAGAAACACUGGAUGGCCUCCGUAAAGCAGGUUUCCAACUUGACUUUGGUGUGGACGGUGCUGGUAUUGCGCGUGCUUAUUUCACACGCGGUGGUGGCUACUACAUUGACGUUGGCUGUAGUCAACUUAUUAUCGAUGGCAAGAUCAAGGUCAAGCAUAGUCCGCGCGGGAUCACAGGCUUUGGGCAUCGUGAGCUAUUCCUCGAGGACGGUAGCACUUUGCCGGCCGAUGUUGUUGUCCUGGCUACCGGGUAUGAUAAUAUGCGCACUACUGUUCGGAAAGUACUUGGCGAUAAGAUUGCCGAUCGUUGUCAGGAUGUGUGGGAUUUGGAUAAUGAGGGAGAGCUUCGAGGGAUGUGGCGACCUAGUGGUCACCCUGGCUUCUAUUACUUUGGUGGCAACCUUGCUUUAUGCCGGAUUUACUCCAAAUUCCUGGCAUUCCAGAUAAAGGCUGUUGAGACUGGCCUUUCGACUGGCAAUCGUCGGCAUUAG